GUUUCAGGGGGCGUGGCUAAGCCAGCUGAGAGAGCGGAGACUUGGCUCACGGUGCGGGUGCGGUCGGUGCUCAGCAGAUAAUGUACCGGGAGGGAUCGGGUAACCGCUGAUUGUAUCUGAAAACGUCUUACUACAUCAUUUGUGACAAGGAAAAGGAAUGUUUUCAACAGCUUACGAACAGACUUUGGAAAUGGAAGGAGAUAUUUGCGAUGAUGAACGCCUAUGUUCUAGGCCGCAGUCAGUUGGAAGCAACGAAUGGUGUUCAGAAGAAGACACCACCAGAGGGACAUGUUUGAAACCAUCAGGAGAUGAAGAACAACAUUCUAGCUUGGAGUAUCCAGAUCCUAAGCAUGAUGAAGAAUCUCCGAGACUGUCUGUCGCUUCUUCCAGCAGCAAUGAAAAAUUAUCCAGCUCUGCGUCACUCUGCACAGAGUUUUAUGACUCCGACCGGCCCGUGAGUGUCAUCUCGACGGCGUCAUCUGGCUCCUACCGUGAAGGCCGUGACAUAUAUGAGACCAUAGGUGUCAGAUCGCAGAAGGACGAACCAGUGGGAAACGGAUUAACAAGUCAGGAUAUGGAGCUGGUGUCAUCUGCUGCAGGCAGCCUGCAAGCCACGUAUCGGGAAAUGCAAAGCGGACUAAAAGGUGUCCACACUCCAAACCAUAACAAUGUCAAUAGACGUGGCCGUCUGGGAUCUAGGUCCCUCUCACCUUUUGGAACCAAGGUCAAUGUGAUCACUCACAAACUGAGCUACGUGGAACGAGUAGUGCAGGAGAUCAUAGAUACAGAGAGGAUGUAUGUCCAAGACUUGCGAAGCAUUGUGGAGGAUUAUCUGGGAGGCAUUAUCGACAAACAGGAGCUUCCAAUGAAGCCCGAGCAAGUCUCUGCUCUGUUUGGAAAUAUUGAAGAUAUCUAUCAGUUGAACAGUGAACUUCUCCAGGAGCUCGAGAGCUGCAGGGAUGACCCGGUGGCUGUGGCCUGUUGCUUUGUUGAAAAGAGUGAUGACUUUGAUAUUUACACACAGUACUGUACAAACUAUCCCAAUUCCGUGGCCACCCUGACAGAGUGCAUGAGGAACAAAGUCUUGGCCAAAUUUUUCCGUGAGAAGCAGGAGAUGCUUAACCAGUCUCUUCCGUUGGGAUCCUACCUCUUGAAGCCAGUACAGAGAAUACUAAAAUAUCACCUUCUGCUUCAGGAAAUAUCCAAGCAUUAUGAUGCAAACGCUGAAGGGAACGAAGCGAUACAAGAGGCGAUUGAAACAAUGACCGGAGUUGCUUGGUACAUCAAUGACAUGAAGAGAAAGCAUGAACAUGCUGUGAGGCUGCAGGAGAUACAGUCUUUGUUACUUAAUUGGAAAGGCCUGGACCUGACAACUUAUGGAGAAUUGGUUCUCGAAGGAACAUUCAGGGUUCAGCGUGCCCGUAGCGAAAGAACAUUCUUUCUCUUUGACAAGGCACUAUUUAUCACAAAAAAACGUGGAGAUCACUUUGUCUACAAAACCUAUAUUCCGUGUUCAAGCCUGAUGCUGAUUGAGAGUACCAGAGAUUCGUUAUGCUUCAGUGUUACCCAUUACAAGAAUAGUAAACAACAGCAUAAUGUCCAGGCCAAGACAGUCGAAGAAAAACGUCUCUGGACCCAUCACAUCAAGAAGCUUAUUUUAGAGAAUCACCAUGCUGCUAUUCCACAAAAGGCCAAAGAAGCAAUUCUAGAGAUGGAUGCCAUGUAUCCCGGACAGUACAGGUACAGCCCUGAAAGAUUGAAGAAGACAAUAUCUACAGUAGACCCUCCUGUCACUCAUCGUUCAGGGAGGAGACAGUCUGAACCUCCAAAACAUAUUCUUAAACAGCUCAGUGAGAAAGUUGGAUUAAAGCAUGCAGGCAGUGACGGAGCACUACUCGACUUUGGGGACAUCCUUCAGCCUAAUAUCGGCAAACUGCCAACCAAAAUUGAGCCACCUCAGGCUGAGGGAAAUGAGGAGGAGCAAACCAAUACACAGCUGAGUAGAAACUCAGGGGCAGACCUCAGUGCCUCUGAGGAGGAGCUGGAGGAGGAGGAGGAGGAGUUACAUUUGGGAUAUGAUGACCAGAAUAGGGAACCUGGGUCACAAGAAUCCCAGAAAGGAUUCAAAAGGCAAAACAGCCAGUCUUCAGGAAAUGCAGAGAAGAGGCGCAGUGUGGAAGUGUCUGCUAUUCAUCAGGAGGAUGUGCAUGAAAUGGAAAAAGAGAAUCCUGAAACAGACGAGCCGUACAGUGCAGUUGUGGCCACUUCUAAUGAUAUAAUAUUGACUGCGCCGUUAGAAGUUGUCGAGGUUAAUCACAGAGAGGAGGAGAAGGAGAACCAUCCAGAUGAACAUAACCCAGUCGACAAUGGAGACACUGAGAAUGCGGAAGAUUUAAAGACUUUCAGCAGUGAGGAGGAAGAAGAGGAGACAACAGCCCAUGAAUCCACCAGUAUCCUUCCUCCUUCUGUGCUUGACCAAGCUAGCAUUAUUGCCGAGAGAUUCAUAAAUAGCAGAAGGAGUAGUCUGGCUUUGGAUGAUGGAAGAAUCAUUGGUUAUUUAACCCCCAGGUUAACAAGCCGUAGCAGCAGCGUAUUAAGCCUGGAUAGUGCAGAUAAAAUGGUCUGUCAGAAUGGGUCCUCUGAUCUCCUGGACUCUGCACUACCAGAUAUUCUACCUGAAUCUAGCACAUCCAUCACAGAGCUCAUGCUGAAUAAGGUGAAUUCUUCCAGCAUAGAAAACGUGUUUGAUGAGCGAGAGCGAUCCAUCUAUGAGAGAGAGAAGUCCACCUGUAAGAGGAGGGAAUCCAUUCUCUCCUUCCAAGACAAACAACUACUUGACAAAAUUAAAACUUAUUAUGACAACGCAGAGAAUCAAGAUGCUGCAUUUAGCAUCAAGCGCAGAGAGAGCCUCACCUACAUCCCCACUGGACUUGUCAGAAACUCAGUUUUUAAAAUUAAUAGCCUGCCAAGGCUUGAUGCUAGCCAGGCUUCUUUGGUAAGACCAAGACUGAAUAGUUCCUCAAGUAGUGUCAGCAAUGGCAACAGUAGACCUACUUCUUGGUCAGAGAUUCCUAGUUCGGCUAAAGGAGUGCAACCUAGUUCUCGAAAUCCACAACAACCGGUGAUCUCAAAGAAUGGGAUCCCAGAACCAUCAAUACCCGUAUCCGAUGAAGAGUUCAAAUCAUCUGAAGAGAUGAUUAAGAUUUGGGAGGAAAUUGAAAAAGACAAUGAAUGGAAAGACAUGAAUACAGUUAGAACAGUAAAUGAAGUAACAACAAGCAGUGAAGACAAACAACCAACAACCCAAGAUAUUAGGAUGGAUUCUCACGAGCCACUAAUGAUCGUGGAAGACAGUGACCUUAGCACCAUAACAGAAGAAUCCACUGUCCACACGCCUGAAAGCACCUCCCCUAAUCAGUUUACAACUCCUACAAACGGAUUUAAUGAUCAGGACUUUAAAACGCCCAUUAAGCUUCACCCACAGAUAUUGCAUCUUGCAAACUGUAUGGAUGGAGAUAUGACUGAGAAGCUUAAGAAUAAGGUGUACCAGUUAGCAAGGCAAUACAGCCAGAGGAUCAAAACCAAUAAGCCUGUCCCUCACAGGCGUUUGAAAGAAAUAGAAGAUGACCUCAGAAGGGCCAGCCUUCCGUCUGUUCAAGAGGAAAAAACAGAGGAGAAAGGUAAACUAAAGCCUAUGUUGUCCCUUCCAACCUAUGAUCACAUUAUACUUCAAGAACUCAGCCCUACAAGUCCAACGUCUGCCUCAUUCAGAGAAAAACCUCCCAAACGCCUCACCUUCUCCACUUCUGUUGAUAACCAGGGAAUUACUUCUCCAGUAAGAUCUGAUCCCAGAAGUCCUCUGAGUCCAGUCAAGACGGAGAAAUUCCACUGGCCCGAUGUCCGAGAACUGAGAUCCAGGUACACAAAGACAACUGGUAGUGGUAAAAAUGGUUCAGUUAACAGAAGUCAUUCUGUGCCGGAGAAAAUGAUGGGACACAAUGUGGAUGAUGCAUUGGACACCCAAAACAAAGAAUGUAUCACCCACUCCUACAGUAUGAACAUAAAAAGCUCCGACUGUAAACCUAAAGAAGCAGGUUCAACCACCAAACCACUGGCUCACGUUGAACAUUCUCCUUUGUCACCCAACUUUAAAGGGAAAACUGAGACUUUAGAAGACACAAGACAUUUUGGACAAGAUGUGGACAGCUGCUACUAUGUCAGUGCAGAAGCUCCACUAGAGAACAACAAAAAAGUUAUUGUGUUUGAGAAACUCCCCGUGGCUAAAGAUUCGUCAUCGCAUGACCUGGAAAGUGAUGAUACAUAUGUACAUAUCAGAUCACCCACCACUAGAGAGAAGAUCUCCCUUAAAGCAGUAGUUGAACGGUGCAAAGCUUACCAGGAAUCUGAAGAAUACAGAAGCAGGGAGGAGAGCUACAAAUCCGAUGAAUCUGUGGAACUUACCCUGGAUUUAUCAAAUGGAGAAAACAAGCAAGAGCAAACUAGUGAACAUAAGAGAGUCAAGAGUUUGCGAGAGAAAUUUCAGACUCUCAAUAGUUGCAAACAUUCUGAACUUGAUCAAAAUUCCUAAACACAUAUAUAGAUU